AUGACUGAUUCAAUAGAUCACCCUAUCAUCGUAGGUGUGGCAGAUUUGAAAAAUACGAAAAAGGAAGUACGAGAAGAUGGAGCUGAUGAACCUUUAUCGUUGAUAUUACAAGUCAUUCAAUCUGCUUUAGAGGAUACAGGAUUAUCACAAUCAGAAAAAACAAAAGAAUUCCAAAAGAAUAUCGAUAGCAUCUCUGUCGUUAAACCAUGGUCAUGGCCUUAUCCUGACUUAGCCACAACUCUAGCAGAAAAGCUUGAAAUUGAACAAAAAGGAUGUUACAAAUACGUCAGUCCACAUGGAGGUAAUCAACCUGCUAAAUUACUCGAUGAAGCUUGUCAAAGGAUCGCACAUGGAAAAACAAAAGUUGCUUUACUGACCGGAGGAGAAGCAUUGGAUUCUUUGGCUGGAUACAUGAAAGCAGGUCAAUUACCACCUCCAGGUUGGACACCGGUUGACUUUGAAGCAUUUGCAGCAGAAGGAUUACGACCUCCUUCUGGCGAUACAGUGGAGGGAAUACAUGGUCUAGGAGCGCCGAUCCAAGUAUAUGCAUUAUAUGAGAACGCAUUCCGUGCAAAGCUAGGCCAGUCAUUCGCUGAUAAUCAUGAGGAAUCAGCACAAAUGUAUGCAGAAUUCUCACAGGUCUCAGCAAAGAAUCCUAAUUCGUGGCAUUAUGGACAUGCGGAUUCCAAGGAAACAAUCGGAACAAUAACAAAGAGUAACAGGCCGAUUUGCUUGCCAUACACUAAACUCAUGUGUGCAUUCAACCAGGUCAAUAUUGCAGGAGCAUGUUUCAUCACUUCAACAUCUUAUGCCAAACAACUCGGAAUUCCACAAUCGAAAUGGAUCUAUGUCAAGGGGGGUGCAGGCAUUGCAGAGAGCGAAGAAUUUUACUUGAGAUCCUCAUACGAUCAUAGUCCAGCGAUCAAGCAAUCGAUCGAUGCAGCAUUAAAAGUGGCCAAAUUGAGCAAAGAUGAGAUUGAUCUGUACGAUUUUUACUCGUGUUUCCCCAUCGUGCCCAAAUUGGCAGCUCAUCAUUUGAGCAUACCCACUUCCAAUCCACCGAAACCGAUCACAUUGCUGGGCGGCCUAACUUCUUUCGGGGGAGCAGGUAACAACUACUCAAUGCAUGCAAUCACCGAGAUGUCAAGACAACUACGCAACAAAGAUUCCAACAAAAAGAAUGGACUGGUGCUGGCAAAUGGAGGAGUGCUGUCGUACCAACAUGUUGUCAUUCUAUCCCACGAACCACGCAAAGAGCAAUACCCUUCUCGACAUGCCUUACCGGAGCAUUGUGAAGAGCUCAAAAAGAGUGACUUUGACAAUAUCGCACCAGCAGGAGAAGCAACGAUUGAAGCAUAUACGAUUGACUAUUCCAGAAAAGGAACGCCAAAACGUGGUCAUGUGAUCGCAAGAUUGACGGGAAAUGGACAUCGAUUUAUUGCAAAUCAUGCGGAUGAUCAUACAUUGAGAAUACUUGCUGAUAUGUCAAAUGGUGAAAUCGUUGGUCGUAAAGGUCGUGUAUUUCAAAAUACAGAAGAAGAUGAGAGGCAGAAUUUGUUCACUUUGACAGGAGAACAAAAGAUGUAA